GAGAAAAUCAAUACUUAAAACAUCAAAAUCGGCCUUCAAUAAGUGCUUGUUUCAUUAAUUGAAAUGAGCAACCAUUCUAUAUGCUUGAAGCCUGUUUGUAGGCUUUGUGGCUUGAAACAGGCAAUACCUAAAGACCGCUGCCCUUAUUCAAAGGAAACAUAUCAAUCAAUCAUAAAGUCUAGCUUGUGUCUCGACAUCACUUCAGAUGUUCCAGAAAUCCACCCACCCUUUAUUUGCUAUUAUUGUGUGUUAAAACUUAAACGAUGGAGGAAAGAACACAGCAAGAAACGAAAAGUAUCAUGUAAUAUCGAAGUUGCAAAUUUUGAAGAUUUUAAAUGCUUAACUUGUACACCAAGCGAGGUUCCGGAGGUGCCUAUUACUCUAGACGAGUAUAUGAAUGAAGCAAGGAAAAAUUCCUGCCUUGUUUCUUGGUUUCCCUCUAAAGAAGAGCUCAUCAUUAUCAGAUUAUCCCUGGCUGGUGAUGUCGAAAUCAAGUUAACGGUUAGCAGCAACUUCACAUGGAGUAUUGUUGUAGCCGGAGUAACCAUGCACACUAAAUGUGUUCUUGGAGAAGAUUUUGGGGAGAGUCUUAAAUUUGAAGAUUGGUCACGUCUUUGCAGUUUGCUGGUAACAGCAAAAAUUUGUAAAGGAAACUCAGAUUUUCCUUGCUUAGUUGAGAAACGAAAAGGUCCAGAUGGGCAGCUGCCUUUGAAGGUAACACCGAAGGAUGUCUUUAUUGGGAACACAAUCAGACACACAGAUUGCAGCCUGCUUGUUCCCCAAGACAUUGACCGUUGCAAGGUAUGCAAGAUUCACCGAGCAGACCUGUGUUCUUUAAGGAGCGCAUAUUCUAAAGAAAAAACUACUUUGACUGUACCAAACAAGUUUCUGUCGAAUUUCCAACUUUGUAACAAAGCAACUACGUUACAGUCUGAUUGCCGAAGGUUAAAAAGGAGAAGCGGCUAUCUUGAAGAUAAGAUUAAGAACAUCUAUUCACAGGAAAGUUUGGAGCUUUGUCCACAAGCAUCGUUUUCAAUGGAAAGUGUUAUGGAAAUGACAAGUUCUGAAAUUGAAAAGUCAUUGCCGAUGAAUUCAGCAGCGAAACUGUUGUGGGAGCAGCAACAAUCAUCAUUCAGAAAGGGCAAACAGAUGCGGUGGCAUCCAGCCAUCAUUCGUUGGUGCAUCGCUGUCCACAACCGGUCGUCGUCAGCGUACAAUUUGAUCAGCGAGUCAGGUUUUUUGAGGCUUCCCCAUCCUAACACCCUACAGCCUUACAGCCACUUUGCUGGUGUGACAACUGGUUUUUGCCAUGAGAUGCUUGACAGGGUUGUAGAGGAUAUAAACCUCUACCAAGAAGGUAAUGACUUAAAAAAGCACGUAGUGCUUUUAUUUGAUGAGAUGAAGGUCAAGUCUGGAUUGUUUUUUUCAGUCAGCUCUGGCAAGAUCAUCGGAACUACAGAUGUUGGAAAUUUGGCCAAUGAAAUGCACUCAUUCGAAAGAAAGUGUAGAGGAAACCCAGAUCCACCGAUUGCCACGCAUGUUUUGGUAUUGAUGUUGCGAGGUUUGUUUUCAAACCUCCAUGUACCAAUUGCAUAUUACCCAACAACAGGAGCUUCUGGCUGCGACUUGUAUAUGGCAAUUUGGGAAGCUGUUGAAUAUAUUGAAGUUGCUGGCUUUGUAGUGCAUGCAUUAGUAUCUGACGGUGCUUCACCGAACAGAAAGUUUUACAGGCUUCAUUCAACACCAAAUAGUGAUGGCGUCACUUACAAGGCUCGGCAUCAGAUGGACCAAAAUCGCAAUGUGUAUUUUUACAGUGAUGUUCCACAUUUACUGAAGACGCUUCGAAACAAUCUGGAAAAUUCUGGUUACAAUAACAAGACCCGAAACCUCCAUUACAACAAACAGGAUAUAAAGUGGAACCAUUUGCUUGACACUUACAACUGGGAUGUGGGAAUGCAGAAAACCUGCCCAGGGCUGCGAAUGCUGCACAAAUGGACCUACGAACACCUCCACCUCACACCGUCAUCAAGAAUGCGCGUAUAUAUGGCUGCACAGGUGCUGAGUAGUUCGGCUGCAAACACUAUGGAGAUGAUGGGUCGUCAUGAUAUGCUAUCAACAAUCAAAUUCCUCAGGAUGGUGGAUCAAUUUUUCGACUGCCUCAAUGUGUCAAAUUUGUUCCAAGGAAAAAGAACAAGAAAACCUGCACUGGAACCCUACAGAACUAAAUCUGACUGGCGUUUUAAGUGGUUGCAAGACGACUUUCUGGGGUUUUUCAAGGAGUGGGAAGCAGAGGUAAACAGACUUGAAGGCGUUGAAGAA